GGGUUGUCUGUUCCGGGACGGAGGGGUUUGAAAGUCGGACCAAAUUGGUCCUUUCUCUGUAAGUGUCCCCCAGUCCCCAUUCCAGGAAGCGGCGGCGGGCCUUGGGGCAAUGAAUCGCUAUUGCAAGUUAUCGAGCCUCUCGCAUCAGUGCUUGCGAAUCCACUCCACGUCACAAUGCCUGAAAAGCAAAACAGGGGCCGAGCACCGUUGGCUCCAGCGGCACUUCAAGGACCCAUUUGUAAAGGAAGCCAAGAAGGAGAGCUAUCGCUGCCGGAGUGCCUUCAAGCUUCUGGAAAUCGAUGACAAACACGGCAUCCUUCGGCCUGGACUGUGUGUGUUAGAUUGCGGUGCGGCCCCCGGCGCUUGGGCACAGGUGGCAGUCCAGAGAGUCAAUGCUGCAGGAUCAGAUCAAGGCGCCCCCGUCGGCUUCGUUCUUGGGGUGGACCUCCUUCACUUUUUCCCUCUGAAAGGAGCCGUCUUCCUGACUCAUUCUGACAUCACAGAUCCAGGCACUCAGAAGAAGAUUCAGGGAGUCCUUCCCAAAAGCAAGGCGGACGUCAUCCUGAGCGACAUGGCGCCCAACGCCACCGGGAUCCGGGACAUAGAUCACCAGCGGCAGAUCGGCCUGUGCUUUGCCCUCGCGGACCUGGCCCGGCACAUUUUGGUGCCCGGCGGGACCUUGCUUUGUAAGUUGUGGAACGGUUCGGAAAGCGGCCGCCUUCAAAAGAGAUUGAUGCAGGACUUUGCGGAAGUGAGAACUUUAAAGCCCCAAGCCAGCAGGAAGGACUCAUCCGAGAUGUAUUACCUGGCAAAAUUGUACAGGCCACAGCGAUUGAAAAAUGUGAAAGACGUUUCCACCGCUUAGUGCACUCCACUAGUUAAAAGUGUGGAGAUUUCAGUGAUUUGAUUGCCUGUGCCUCAUCCUGGUCUCAGCUGGUGGCACUGCAGAAAAUGAAAAGUUGUGGAAGUUGACUUAGGUUUGGCUGUUGUCGAAGGAGUAAUUUUGAAGCCGUGUGAAGGAUGUUUUAUGAACUUUUCAGAAUAGGUGGAGGCGUCGUCAACAUAUAUCCAUCAACCUCUUUGCACCUCUGUAAGCUACCGACUGGGACAGUGGCUCAGUGGUAGAGCAUCUGCUGGGUAAGCUGAAGGUUCCAGGUUCAAUCCCCGGCAUCUCCAAAAAAGGGUCCAGGCAAAUAGGUGUGAAAAACCUCAGCUUGAGACCCUGGAGAGCCGCUGCCAGUCUGAAUAGACAAGACAGACUUUGAUGGAUCAGGGGUCUGAUUCAGUAGAAGGCAGCUUCAUAUGUUCAUAUAUUCUUACCGGGCACUGUUUGUGCAAAGUGACACUGAUAUAAACACAAAAGAUGGUGUUAAGGAACAUAAUUUAAAAACUUUGUAUUUUCACAGUGCUUUAAAACAAACACCUCGCUCAGGCAGAUUGUAAAACUAUGGAGUUCUAGUUUUAUGAAAAAUAAACAAAUAGUACGCAAAA